AUGGCAGCAGGUGUAGCAGCAUGGCUUCCUUUUGCGAGGGCAGCUGCCAUAGGUUGGAUGCCAGUGGCCAACUGUCCCAUGCCACUAGCCCCAACAGAAAAAAAUAAGCGCCAAGAUGAGCUAAUCAUUCUCAAUGUGAGUGGCCGGCGUUUCCAGACAUGGAGGACUACAUUGGAGAGAUACCCUGAUACACUACUUGGCAGCACAGAAAAAGAGUUCUUCUUUAAUGAAGACACCAAGGAAUACUUUUUUGACCGGGAUCCCGAUGUCUUUAGGUGUAUCUUAAACUUUUAUAGAACUGGUAGACUACAUUACCCAAGGUAUGAGUGUAUCUCAGCUUAUGAUGAGGAGCUUGCUUUUUAUGGGAUCCUGCCUGAUAUCAUCGGGGACUGCUGUUAUGAAGAGUACAAGGACAGAAAGCGGGAAAAUGCUGAGCGAUUGAUGGAUGAUGCGGAUUCCGAGAAAAAGCAAGACUCUAUGCCAGCCCUGAGCUUCCGGCAGACCAUGUGGCGAGCCUUUGAGAACCCUCAUACUAGCACCUUAGCCUUAGUCUUUUACUAUGUCACGGGCUUCUUUAUUGCUGUUUCUGUGAUCACCAAUGUGGUGGAGACCGUACCGUGUGGCUCAAUGCCUGGCAACAAAGAACAGCCAUGUGGGGAGAGAUAUGAAAUGGCUUUUUUCUGUUUGGACACAGCUUGUGUAAUGAUUUUUACAGUCGAGUAUCUGAUGCGACUCUUUGCAGCUCCCAGUCGGUACCGGUUCGUCAGGAGUGUGAUGAGUAUCAUUGAUGUGGUGGCCAUCAUGCCCUACUACAUAGGUUUGGUGAUGACUGGCAAUGAGGAUGUCAGUGGAGCUUUUGUGACUCUGAGGGUUUUCAGAGUAUUCAGGAUUUUCAAGUUCUCCCGUCACUCCCAAGGCUUACGAAUCUUGGGGUACACACUGAAGAGCUGUGCGUCUGAGCUUGGUUUUCUUCUCUUUUCACUCACGAUGGCAAUUAUUAUCUUUGCUACUGUGAUGUUUUAUGCAGAGAAAGGAUCUUCUGCCAGCAAGUUCACUAGCAUUCCAGCAUCAUUUUGGUAUACUAUUGUCACCAUGACAACUCUUGGGUAA